CUUUUUGCCAGCACGGCGGCGCUUGCCAAUCUCCAGCGCACGUUACAAACGGCUUGGAGUCUCAGUCCCACCUCUCGUGGCUCUGAUAAUCCCAGUCCCUACUUGCAAAAAUUGUAUAGCAAACAAGUAUAAGCUACCAGAAGAUGCAAAUUGUUAUCACUUGAUAAGCAGUUGAAUCAAUAGGGAACGUAUUUCCCACCUGGAACAAUAAAAUACACAUGAAAAUAAAUUGAAAUAGUUAUCCAAUCAGAAAUGGCUGUGGAUUACGUUUUAGAGGAGCUAAUGGGCAAACUGGGCGAGUUCGGUAAAUAUCAAUUUGCCCAAUUUUUCCUGCAAGUGCUGUCCGCUCUCACAGCGGGCAUGCAUAUGCUGUCCUUGGUGACUGUUGCCUCUGUGCCCGAGCAUCGCUGCUUCAUUGCUGGCGUGGAUAACAGCACUUUAUCGCAGCUGCCCUGGAACUCCAGCGCCAUUCUUGAAGCCAUUCCAUUAAAGCCAUCUGGCGAGCUGGACUCGUGCCAUAUGUUCAAUGCGAGCGCUGGGGAUCAGAGCCAGAUACCCUGCGAGAAGUAUGUGUACGAUACAACGUAUUAUAAGACGUCGCGCACCAUAGACUGGGACUUCGUUUGCGAUCGUCGCUGGAUGGGCGCCAUCAUUCAGACGGUCUUCAUGUUGGGCACCUUCACGGGCGCAGUCACGUUGGGUGGCUUGGCUGACAAGGUCGGUCGCAAGACCGUCUUUUGCUGGUCAGCGCUGCUGCAGCUAUUUGUCGGUGUGGGCGUGGCCUUCAUCCCGGAAUACUUCUCGGUCAUGGUGGCGCGUUUUGUGCUGGGCAUAGUCGGCUCUGCUGGUGCCUAUAUAUGUGGCUUUGUACUGACCAUGGAGCUGGUGGGCGCUACCAAACGGACAGUUUGCGGCAUUACCUUUCAGGCUGUGUUUGCUGGUGGCAUAAUGCUCGUUGCCGGCUGGGGUGCCAUUAUCAAGGAUCGUCAAAUGCUUCAGGUGGUGUAUGGCUUGCACGGUUGCCUGUUUCUAGCUCAUUGGUGGCUGAUGGAUGAGUCACCGCGCUGGCUGUGGAUGCAGGGACGUGCAGCCGAGGCAGUGGAUAUUGUGGCCAAGGGACUGCGCAUCAAUGGCUCUGGCAUACCCAUCGACAAGGACUACUAUGUGCAGAAGGCCAAGCAACAGGCUGCUGUUGAGGAGAAGUCCAGUGCCGGUCUCGUCGAUCUCUUCCGCACGCCCAAUUUGCGGAUGAAGACGCUGAACGUGUGCCUCUGUUGGUUUGCCAACUCAAUCGUCUACUACGGCCUGUCGCUGAGCGCUGGCAAGCUCUAUGGCAAUCCCUAUCUCAUACUGUUCCUCAUGGGUCUGGUGGAGUUCCCCAGCUAUAUUACCAUUGUUUUUGUCUUGGAUCGUCUGGGACGUCGCUCCAUCACAUCCACUCUGAUGUUAAGUGGCGGCCUCUGCUGCAUUGUGGCCGCCUUCAUAGCCCAGGGCACCACUCUGUCCACAAGUGUGGUGAUGCUGGGCAAGCUGCUCAUCGCUGGAUCCUUUGCUGUCAUCUACAACUACUCGGCGGAGCUAUUUCCCACAGUGGUGCGCAACUCAGCCAUGGGAUUGGGAUCAAUGUGUGCCCGUCUCUCCGGAGCACUGACGCCCUUGAUUACUCUGCUCGGCGAUUCAUUUGAUCCCAAGAUUCCGGCUGUGCUGUUCGGUGUGGUUGCCUUAGUGUCAGGCUUCUGGGUUAUGUUCCUGCCGGAAACAAUGAACAAGCCCAUGCCAGAGUCCAUUGAGGAUGGCGAGAACUUUGGCAAGGGUGAUACCUGGUUCAGUCAAUGUGCUGGCCGCAAGCCGCGCCAGGAUAGUAUUUAUCCCGACGAUCCCGAGCAAAUGGUGCCGCUCAAAACCAUCGAAAGUAAAUAGAAAUGCCAAAGUUUUUUUUUGUUAAGCAUUCUCAUAAGACACGCCUACACAGCCACAACGACACCCACACUCACACGACCUUAGUUAAGCUUCAUCAUGUUAAUAAAGCGAGAAGUUCGCCUUAGUGAAUCUGUGGACCAAAGAUA